ACGAUGUACAUACUUUUGGCGACGAAGGACGAGGAUCCACUCCAAGUUUUAAAAUUACCAAUCUGACAGUGUGCUGCUUGUUUUUUGGUUCAAACCAACCUUCCAAACUUAACAAAUCGAAGGCAAUCUUUAUUAUGAUGUAGAACUUGAUCUACAAUAAUUGAAUAAUUAUCUAGAGCUAGAUCUGUCAUCUAUAAUGAGUAUAAGGGUGAGCUGAAAGUUGGUCGACAUAACAGGGGUGACCCCUGAGCCUGAAGCUUGACUAAGCUAUUUAAGGCUAAGACCGACCAAGGCCCGACUUGCUCUCCAGUGACUCCAUCCAGUAAGAGAGUGAGACGCAACUAGAUUUCUAUGUAGAAUCUAGACUCUAUAUGUCUAUCUAGAAUAGAUUCUAGAUAGUUCUGAGUAGUCAACUAGGCUACUAGAAUUUACUAGAUCUAGGUCUAGAUAAAGUUUUAAGUGAAUAUAAUUGAAUAGGCCUAUUAGAUGUGAUUUGAGUGGACCUAUACAAUACUACAAGGCUGCGCGACGCACCCUCGAGCUCGAGUGUACUCCCCUAGUUGUGGCUACCUAGUCCUAGAUCUAAGAUAUCUAGUCUAGAUAUAGAAUCUAAAUCUACACUCAUUCGGUAAAUCUUUGUAAUUUUUGUUAGUUCAUUUCCAUGUGGAUGCUAAAAUCUACUCAUCCUGUCAGAAUGCUGACAUCUACUCAUUAGAAUGCUGAAAUCUACUCAUUAGAAUGCUGACAUCUACUUAUCCUGUUAGAAUGCUGACAUCUACUCAAUAGAAUGCUGACAUCAACUCAUCCUGUUAGAAUGCUGACAUCUACUCAUCCUUUCAGAAUGCUGACAUCUACUCAUCCUGUCUGAAUGCUGACAUCUACUCAUCCUGUCUGAAUGCUGACAUCUACUCAUCCUGUCUGAAUGCUGACAUCUACUCAUCCUGUCUGAAUGCUGACAUCUACUCAUCCUGUCAGAAUGCUGACAUCCACUCAUCCUGUCAGAAUGCUGACAUCCACUCAUCCUGUCAGAAUGCUGACAUCACCUCAUCCUGUCAGAAUGCUGACAUCCACUCAUCCUGUCAGAAUGCUGACAUCACCUCAUCCUGUCAGAAUGCUGACAUCCACUCAUCCUGUCAGAAUGCUGACAUCAACUCAUCCUGUCAGAAUGCUGACAUCACCUCAUCCUGUCAGAAUGCUGACAUCACCUCAUCCUGUCAGAAUGCUGACAUCACCUCAUCCUGUCAGAAUGCUGACAUCACCUCAUCCUGUCAGAAUGCUGACAUCCACUCAGCCUGUAGAAUGCUGACAUCCACUCAGCCUGUAGAAUGCUGACAUCCACUCAGCCUGUCAGAAUGCUGACGUCCACUCAGCCUGUCAGAAUGCUGACAUCCACUCAGCCUGUCAGAAUGCUGAUAUCUACUCAGCCUGUCAGAAUGCUGACAUCUACUCUUUAGAAUGCUGACAUCUACUCUUUAGAAUGCUGACAUCUACUCAUUAGAAUGCUGACAUCUACUCAUUAGAAUGCUGACAUCUACUCAUCCUGUCAGAAUGCUGACAUCUACUCAUCCUGCAGAAUGCUGACAUCUACUCAAUAGAAUGCUGACAUCAACUCAUCCUGUUAGAAUGCUGACAUCUACUCAUCCUUUCAGAAUGCUGACAUCUACUCAUCCUGUCUGAAUGCUGACAUCUACUCAUCCUGUCUGAAUGCUGACAUCUACUCAUCCUGUCUGAAUGCUGACAUCUACUCAUCCUGUCUGAAUGCUGACAUCUACUCAUCCUGUCAGAAUGCUGACAUCCACUCAUCCUGUCAGAAUGCUGACAUCCACUCAUCCUGUCAGAAUGCUGACAUCACCUCAUCCUGUCAGAAUGCUGACAUCCACUCAUCCUGUCAGAAUGCUGACAUCACCUCAUCCUGUCAGAAUGCUGACAUCCACUCAUCCUGUCAGAAUGCUGACAUCAACUCAUCCUGUCAGAAUGCUGACAUCACCUCAUCCUGUCAGAAUGCUGACAUCACCUCAUCCUGUCAGAAUGCUGACAUCACCUCAUCCUGUCAGAAUGCUGACAUCACCUCAUCCUGUCAGAAUGCUGACAUCCACUCAGCCUGUAGAAUGCUGACAUCCACUCAGCCUGUAGAAUGCUGACAUCCACUCAGCCUGUCAGAAUGCUGACGUCCACUCAGCCUGUCAGAAUGCUGACAUCCACUCAGCCUGUCAGAAUGCUGAUAUCUACUCAGCCUGUCAGAAUGCUGACAUCUACUCUUUAGAAUGCUGACAUCUACUCUUUAGAAUGCUGACAUCUACUCAUUAGAAUGCUGACAUCUACUCAUUAGAAUGCUGACAUCUACUCAUCCUGUCAGAAUGCUGACAUCUACUCAUCCUGCAGAAUGCUGACAUCUACUCACCCUGUCAGAAUGCUGACAUCUACUCACCCUGUCAGAAUGCUGACAUCUACUCACCCUGUCAGAAUGCUGACAUCUACACACCAUGUCAGAAUGCUGACAUCUACACACCCUGUCAGAAUGCUGACAUCUACUCACCCUGUCAGAAUGCUGACAUCUACUCACCCUGUCAGAAUGUUGACAUCUACUCACCCUGUCAGAAUGCUGACAUCUACUCACCCUGUCAGAAUGCUGACAUCUACUCACCCUGUCAGAAUGCUGACAUCUACUCACCCUGUUAGAAAGCCAAAAGCUAUAGCCUAGUGAGUGCCACCCAUUGUUGGCUGUUGUGAAGUU